AUGGGCAUCAUCGCGGUCGCUGGCGGCACCGGCAGUGUCGGCCGCACCAUCGUCGACGCCCUCGUCGCGCGCGCCACCCACAAAGUCAUCAUCCUCUCUCGCACAGAUCGCCCCCCCAAAGACGGCGUCUCCUUCCAACCCGUCACCUACCAGGACGUGGACACGACCGCGCGCGCCCUUGAAGCCGCCUCCAUCGACACCGUCAUCUGCGCCUUCGGAAUCGACAACCAGGCUGUCCAGGACACGCAGCUCAACCUGAUCCAAGCGGCGGAGCGCUCAACCUGCACGCGGCGCUUUGUCGUCAGUAGCUUCGACCUGCUGUAUAAGGAAGAACAUGUGCCGCUCCUACCCUGGGCGCAAUGGGCGCUGGACACGGACCGCGCCGUCGCGCAAACAGGUCUGCACUACACGCGGAUCGUGUCCGGCCUAUUCCUCGACUACUACGGUGUGCCACACUGGAAGUCGUACCUGAAGCCGUUUGUCAACGCCGUCAACGUCGGGGCCAAGUGGGCUGCGAUCCCCGGGGAUGGCACCACGCCCGUCAGUUUCGUUACCAGCCAGGACAUGGCGCGGCUGGUCGCGCGGCUGAUGGACGAGGACGGCGCGCGGUGGCCGCGGGUGGCCGGCAUUGCCGGGCAGACGAGGUCGUUCGGUGAGAUCUUGGCCAUCGCGGAGAGGGUGCGGGGGGGAAAGUUCUCUGUCGUGUAUGAUUCGUUGGAUCGGCUGCGCAGUGGUCAUAUCUCGUUUCCGGAUUUCGUGGAGACCGGGUUGGAGGAGCCGGGCCGGUCGAGCGAGUGGAUCUUUGCUACUUUUCACUAUCUUUCUGCUACGGGGAACUAUUUGGUUCAGACGGAGGAGACGCUCGAUGCGCGGUUCCCCGAGAUCCGCAUCACGACGCCGGAGGAGGUGAUUGAGGAGUCGUGGGGAGGUCGUUGA